CUGGUCCAUCUGACUGACGCCAGCGCCCCCAUCAACUGUCAAAUUUGAAAAUGACCUGCGCUGCUGAAAAAUAAUGUAAAUUGGAAAACCUGGUGGCUAGUGGAAAUUUUCAAAUGCGGGAUAACAUAACCUCAAAAUGUUGCAAAGGGGCUGUCGAUUGUUGCGUAAAUUUUCAACAACGGGGGUGGUUCGAGCUAGGAUUCGGUGGACAAUGAAUGCAGCGUUUGGGAAGUAUUUAUUAGCCACUAAUACUGUAAGUUCUGGCGUACUUAUGCUUUUGGGAGACUUAACCGAGCAGGAAUUGCACCACGAUAUUGAACAGGAUGAUUCUCCGAGAUACGAUUUCGCGCGACUUGCUAGGAUGUUCACUGUUGGUUUGGCUAUGGGGCCCGUGCACCACUAUUACUAUGGGUAUGUGAAUAAACUGUGGCCUCGUCGCAACUUGAAUAACGUUUUGAAGAAAGUUUUAGCUGAUCAACUUGUUAUGGGUCCUAUUUGUAUUCUACAAUUCUUCUAUACAAUAGGGGGUUUAGAAAUGAGACCUUUGAAAGAUAUAAAUCAAGAAGUGAAGGCGAAAUUUUUCACAGUGUAUGCGAUGGAUUGGUGUAUAUGGCCCCCUACACAGUUUAUUAAUUUUUUUUACGUCCCGCCCAGGUACCAGGUUAUGUACGUUAAUUUUGUGACAAUGUUGUAUGAUGUUUUUUUGUCAUUUGUGAAGCAUGAUUUUUGAUAUAGGGGGUAAUUAGGAGACAAAUUAAUUUAAUGGUAUAAUUUAAGAAAUCGGAGUGUACAGUCGGUAAUUGUAGUGGAAUUUGAUCAUUGCUGUGACUAGAUAUGCAACCAAAUAUACACUGAAAUGCAUACAAA